UAUUGAUUUUUCUUAUCGGUUUAUCAUGUGUGAAAGCACAGCAAUAAGUGAAAUUAUGAGUCAUGGUACACCCAUAUGGAAAAAAGUUGUAAAAGUAAAUGUUUUUUUUUUGUGUCAACCCAUAUCUCGAUUGAAGUGCCGCCACUGACUUCCGCUUCUUCAGUACGACGUAAUCGCAGUCCACUUUAACGACAAGUUUUUUUAUGAAGAUAACCAUGGAAAAUUCUCCCGAGUGACAAUAUUCUAUGAACAUAACCCAACACUUCAAGUAACAUAACGUGCGAUCAAAAAUAAAACACCUCUAGUUACUAUUCGAUGCGCAAAUGUUUUUUGAACGUAUCGCGUAGCUGACAUCAUCAGAGAGGGUUUGUAUCAUAUACCUAAUAUGGUUUGUGUAUGUGUAGUGUUCCUCUACAGGAACACUAUAUAUGCAGAGAACAUAGAGAAGCGCCAUAGUUUAAAUCAAAUGACGGUUGAGGACUUCUCAAUUUAUGUUGGUAGCAGUGUUUGUUUCUAACUAGAAAUAAAAGUAACUAGAAGAAAUGUCAUCAUAUUUUUAACGACGCGUUUUAUUUUCGACAGAUUGACACUAGAUUUACCAGAAUAUUACAAGCUGCUUACUGUUUCCUUCACUUUCAUUCAGGUCACACGAAUUACAAUUAUAGUGAAGCAAGGUUUUUAUUGGCAUCGACUAUUUAAAUUUGGCGCUUGCCUUUGGCGGUUGAGGACUCCAAUGUCAAUAAGGGUGGUUUUGCAAAAUCAGCCUCUAUGUCGCUUCUCUAUGUUCUCUGGUACGACGGUAGCUAGAGCGGCCGGCAGAAUAGAAGAUGACAUGGGCGGAGCUUAGGCUGCGCGGCUUCAAGUCACCAGUGUCGUACCAUCAUACAACAUUUCUUAAUUUUUUUAUGAUUUUUUUUUUAUUUGAUUAAUUAAAUUUGUCUUUAAAAAGACUGUUUUAGUUAUUAUAAAAAAUACACUGGAAAACACAAAGCAACUCGAGAACACACCAACCGCUCGUAGGAAAAAACAUAAUCAACAACGAGUAGACGCGCGCCACUGUGUAUUAAAUGUAUCUCCCCCUUUAGCUCACAAUGGACUCGACCAGAACGAAAUUGUGCGAUCUGCGCUGGUCACGUGCUGUCAUCUUUCCGUUUGCUAGCCGCUCUACGCCAUACGUUCAGAAAACAUUUGAUUUGAGCAUCGAGAAGCAACUAGACGCGUUUUUUAUUUGAUCGCUCGUUACGUUCUCAUUUUUAAUUCUUCGAUUAAUCUGAAAUGUCCGAAUCAUUUAAAAAUUCGUACUUUUAUUCUUUACCCAAUGAAAUUUUAAUAAAAAUACUGAGUGGCAUCAACCCGAUUACUUUGUUAAAUUUUUGUGACGCUUACCAGUGUGAUUAUUUUUUGGAAGACAGACAUGUUAUCAGAAAAAUCGAUCUGUCUAAAAAAUACGAAUUGGAAGAUUUGUCCAAAUAUCGAAGAAAAUUGCCUUCGAGAGCGUCACCACGCUCAAUAUUAACUGCACAUAUGCCAUUCAGACAAGCUUGAGUUUGGCGUCUCUAGAUACUAAGGAUUUUAGUAAAUUAAAGAUUAAAAAAUUAGGAAUAUCGGUGAACGACGAUCACGAAUUACAUCGUCAUAGAAUGCCAACGGUUGAAACUCUCUACAUUAGCUUUCCCAGAUUGACAUAUUUCCUUGAUUGUUAUAUUUUUAAGAGGACUUUUCCACAACUGAGAAAACUUUGGAUAGAUGUGGAACAACCGCCUGGACAAGAAAUUUUCCCCUUUUGUUUCGAUGUUGGAAGGAAAAGUAAGAUUUUUUGUCAAGUGCGUGCUCCACAUUUUAUUUUUUUUAAUGAGCAUUUGCUGACUACGUAUUAUGAUAACAGGCCUCGUCAGCCAUGUGUGACGUGUUAUGGAAAAAUGAGUACUAAGAUGUUUAAAAUUGUAAGUAGGUCAGGAAGUUGGGGAGUUCUAGAUGAGUUACUUUACUCUACACCAUAUGGUCCGAAGGACGCACGUCGUUUAUUUUUGAACGAAUGUACUCUAGAUACUAUAUUUUUUGAAGAACUAAAUUUUUACCACAGUGGUCCUGGUCCUGUUUGUGACAGUAGAUGUACAGAAGCAGUAGAAGAUAUACUUAAGUCUCCAUGUUCCACACGCGUGAAAAAGUUGUGUGUGAUGAUAUGUAUUUCACUCAGUAAUAGAGAUCCUCCCAGUUCUUCAAGAAAAGGAAUAUCGGUAGAGAAUUGUGUCCCCACAUACCCGGCUGAAAAUAUUUUCAAAAAUUUUCCAGGGUUAGAACACUUGGAACUUUAUGUAUGCCAUCAGUACGAAAACUGUCGCAUCCCGCUGGGAAAGUUAAUAGAGAACUUAUGCCUCAUCAAAUCCAAAAAACUGGAACGAAUUGUACUUAUUUGUACAGAAACAGACAACUUUAGUGCUGGUCCUUUGAAACAACUUUUAGAAAUGAAUCCACAGUUGGUAUUUCUGUAUUUUUUAAUACGCAGCUGUACAGAACAAUCCGAAAGAACCAAAAGAAUGGCUCAAGACACUCUAAAUACUUACAAGAAGAAACACCCCUGCAAAGUAUUUCUGGUUUCGGACAUAAACGAAUUUGGUAGUAGAUCGGGUUACCCCAUACCUGAUGUCCAUUACUGUGAAAUGAUCAAAUCUGACAGCACCGUUGCUAGUCUAAUAAUUUUAGAAGAUUUUGACUCCCUUUAAUAAUAAAAUCGUACUUAAAACUUU